GCCGCAACACCACGAUCUACUGCGAGGGCGUCCUGCACCCGUCGCUGAGGAAUCUGCUCCCUCCAGAGCUCCUGGAGCAGCUCUCGCACCUGCCGCCCGGCCUCCAGAUGCUGCUGCUCAACACCGAGGCCCUCGCGGGGGGCUACGAGGAGCGCCUCAUCGAGGUGCAGGAGAUGCUCAGCCGCCGCCGCGGCCUGAACAACGAUACGAUCAACCGCAUAGACAGCACCGCGUGGGAGCCGGACGGGCCGAGCGGGAGCCAGCAGCAGCAGUGCAUGGUGUGCCUCUCCGACUUCGAGGCGGGGGACCAGGUGCGCCGCCUGCCCUGCGGCCAUGUCUUCCACGCACCCUGCAUCGACGAGUGGCUGCGCAGGCGCGACGCGG